AUGGCAUCUUCAGGAGGUCAUCUGGUCACAAAGACCAUGAGGCUCUUGAGGUUUGGCCUCGACAAGGCACGGAAUGUUGUACGUGAACGACUUGGCCAAGUCGGCCAAGUCGAAGCACGCGCAGAACGAAUCUACGCCAGAGUCCACGAUCAACCAUUAACUCGUCUACAAGCUGUCAAACAAGGACAACGCAGACAGUACAGCACACAACGAGUGGUCAAUAAUGCUAUCCGCUACUUCACAACUGAGAUAUCGCACACCGCUAAGCCGUUGCGUUCGUCAUAUCCUCAAUCUCGAACAAGGACUGCUGUCUCCCACCUCACAAGUCGCACCCCAUUUGCCUCGACCCUGCGACCGAAUUUGACGGGUGGCACUUUAUCAAGAUCUGCUGGAGGAUAUACUACAGGCGGAGGCAGAGUUGGAGGAGCAAGAUACUUCUCACAUGGACCAGCUCAACCUGCUGAAGUCAUUCAGAACGUCUCUCAGGCUGUUCGAGCCUUCUGGCUACAAGGUCAUAAGGCACACUUUGAUGGCUACGAUACAAAGACUGGCAACAAGCGCUUUCGAGCUGUAUCUCCAACCCAAGACAAGGCCCGAAAUGCCUUUGAUCGUUUCCACUCUCACUCGGCUGGCAGCUACGUUGAUUUCAAAGUCAGCCCAAUUAUCACAGCCGUUGGACCCCUGAGCACUGUCCCACGAUCAGAGACAUACAACUCCUACUGCUUUGAAUCCGAGAGCUCUACCUCCCCAACAGCCACGAUCGCGGAUGAGGCCAUCAUGACCACCCUUGCCGUUGAUUUCGCUCGAGCACUAAAACAUCUGGCUGCGAUCAUGAACGAUCUCAAACGUCUUGCAACUCUUGGUUCGUUACCACUUAUCAUGCUCGAUCCCACCACACUCCGAGUACGUUUCCCUGGCUGCGAUCAGGAUACAGUCGAACAGCUAUGUACUGAACUGGGGAUACGUCGAGGAGUAGUAGGCCAAGACGAGGACUUUGACACGCAGCACGGUGCGGAUAUCGCCCUCCGCUUUCCAUUUGCGCCCUCCAAGACUGCUUCCGAAGCCGAGCUCGAGCACAUCUACGAUGGCUGGAGACCAGCAAAACGCACAAAACGUGAGAAUGUUGAUUGGCAUGGCAUGCUCUCCCAUGGUCAGCAUCAUCAGUCGACUCAUGCAGAUUUUGAAGUUCCUCAUCCUUUGGCAGAAUCGGAUCGUCAUGAUCAGGAAGAGCUCCAUUCGAUCCUCGACGAUGCCGAGAUCAUCAAUAACCCUUGGCUCGCCUCAGCUCCUAUCUCUGCACAGAUGUCCGAUUAUUCUUCUCUGCACCCCUCUGAGCACAUAGCCCACGAAGAUACAGGCAAGCCUUUCGAACCUGAUCACCGAUUUUAUGCGACGGAGCAGACUGUCCCUGCUGAUCAUACGGGCUACGACGGAAUCGAAGGAAUUUACAGAUUCAUCGAACACUGCGACCGGGCCAGGCAUUAA